AAUCCGUCGGUACCCCUUACUAGAGGUCUGGGUAUGGGUACCGCUUUGACAUGUGCUGUCGUGAACCACGAGGGGCUGCGUCUUUAAUGGCGAUGCGCAAGAAGACUACAUUGGGGCGGCUUACUAACUAGUAGGUGUAUACAAAUAAGUAGUAUGUAGGUAGGGAUAUAGAAUGUUCCAUUAAGGGCUGUGUUUUCAUACACGCAAUAUAUAAGGGGCCCCCCAAAUUCCAGUGCUUCCAAUGUUUCCUCUUUAACCCAGAAUUCCCCCCUCGAAGAAAGCUAGCACGGGGCUUACUCCUUAAGUAAGGGGUCUCUACUCGACUUAUAUACAAUGUCUCAACGAUCGCCUAACAUGUCACUCAUAUUCAUGCUACUGAGCUACCUGAGCAUCGUCUCUUUCGUGUCGGCGAGCCCGAUUCCUAUUAAGAGAGAUGACUUGAGCGCCCGGGACACGACAACGACAUUCAACGAGAUCGGAGCUAGCUUCACUCUCGGCUCUUCCGAGAACAGGGUAAACAGCGCGGGAACAUACCCACGUCUAGCCAGGCUCUCCGACGGCGGGAUCCUCUCCAUAUCAACCGUCAGAAGCGGGAACACCCGAACCCUGGUAGUAUCCCGGAGCGACGACAACGGCGCCACAUUCAGCGAGAUCGGCAGCGUAGCGCAAAGCACCGGGGACCUAGACAACGGCUUCCUACUCCAGCUCUCCUCAGGCACCAUCCUCGCCGCGUUCCGGAACCACGAUCUAGACGCCAACGGCGCAGCAACCUACUACCGGAUCACAGUGUGCUCCAGCACAGACGGCGGGCGAACCUGGGCCUUCCUGUCGCAAGCCGCGGAGAAUGCCGCAAACGGGUUCAACGGGCUCUGGGAGCCGUUCAUCCGGGUCGCGAACUCGGGAACCAUCCAGCUAACCUACAGCGGGGAGCUAAGCGCAACGAACCAGGAGACCUUCCGCGUGACGUCGACGAACGGGGGAGCGACCUGGACUGCGCCUACGAAUCUACAGCUGCACGGAAGCCAGCAGUUACGGGACGGGAUGCAGGGGAUCGCAGCUACGACGGACGCGGCGACGGGCCAGGCGGCGCUGGUGAUGGUGUUCGAGAUCAACGACAACACGCACGUGUACCUGGGGACGGUGACGUCUUACGACGACGGGAACACCUGGGGGUCUCGCAGCACGAUAUUCCGGCCGGCCGACCACAACGCGGGUGCGCCGCAAAUCGCGACGAUAGGGGAGAAUCUGGCCGUGGUAUUCAUGACGGACGAGGACAGGGCCGUGAGCGAGAUCGCGUGGCCGGCGAACGCAGACGUCAAGAUGAUAUUCUCGACGGAGCUGCGCAAUGGACAGGUCACUUGGACGACGCAGACGCUGGAGUUAUCCGUCGACAGCUCGUACUGGCCCGGCGCGUUUCAGCGCGAUGGGGACGGUGUCAUUGCGGUGUAUGAGCGUGGGGGCGUGCCCUACGGGAGGGUCAUCUCUGCCGCGUAGGGCGGACAAGCUUUUUUUCCCCUGCGACGGCGGGACCACCUAUGUAGGUUACGCGUUCGGAAAAUAUGUGCGCGUGGCUAGGAUAGUGCUAGGGAUGCAUGAUGCGCUGGUGGUUGGGGAGUUCCGAAGGCUUGGGAGUUCAUUGGUUGGAAUCGCGACUUUCGCUUUGAUAUCCCCUGGUAUAGGUUACGCACGUUAUAGGUAUCAGACGUGAUGGGGACGGGUUAAUUAGGUAUGGAUAUUAUUUUGUACAUACUUUCACUUCGAUAUAUAUUUCUCUUUACUAGGAUAGGGAGUAGGGUCGUAGGUACCUGGUAGCUUAGCCCAACAUGAACAUAUUUCCUCCCUCAAA